AUGGAAAGCACACAGGAUGAUACGCCAGCGCAUGCACAGAAUUCCAGAUCCCAUUCCUACCUCUUCUCUCAACUUGGAAAUACAAGAGAGUCUAAUGACCUGUGUUCACCAAAUGCGACCUCAGAUCGCUCAGUGAGCGUGACCACCAAUUUUCCGCUUAUCCAAAAUCAAUACAACAUGCCCGCCUACUUCCAUUCGCGAUCUUCAAUGGCGGUUGGCGGAACGUCAACUGCUAAUAACAGUUACCUGCCUCAGACCUCUCAGCUCGCAGCAGCCGCUGCAGUGGGAAUGUUGCAAGCAAAUGUGCCAUGCUUAAUGGACCGAGAAUCUGAAGGACGACGCGAAGACUACGACAUGCUCGUAGAUCCCCUCAACCCAGCCAACCAAUUUGGUCUCGUUCGGUCGUGGAUCGCGCAGCAGCAGCAGCAGCAUCACCAAGUUGCAGAGUGCUCGCCACCAGUGGACAAUUUUUCAAAUCUGUAUACUCAAAUCAGCUCCUGUGGAUUUACCGGUGGACCGAUCCCAUCGUGUUUCAAUCAACAACACAACGGAUUUGCCCCUACUUUGCCCAUAUCUCCAACUGGGACACCGGUUCCUGCGAUGGGACCGAUGAGUGGCAAAGGAGUUGCGGCCUCAUACUCGGUGGCCGCUCAGCACCUCAGUCAAAUGGGCAGUCAGAUGUUCGGUUCAAUGGGCAACUCCGUUGGUUGCAUAUUUGAUAAUGCCGCAGUGGCCAUGGCAACGGCACCUGUACCCUUUGGUCGUGGAAAUAAUCCUGGUAUUUUCAAUUCUGGACAGACGUCAGGUGUUCAUCGAUACUCACAACGUCCACCACGCAUGGAAGUUGUGUCUGCACGGUUCGAAAAGCAACCCCCGAAUAAUCUGCGCAAAAGCAACUUUUUCCAUUUUGUCAUUGCACUGUAUGAUCAAAAUCGUCAUCCCAUUGAAGUUGAACGGGCUGCUUUCGUUGAUUUUGUCGAGAAGGACAAAGAACCGGAGGGAGAGAAGACAAACAAUGGCAUUCACUAUCGCGCUAGACUGAUUUUCUCAAAUGGUUUACAGCAGGAUCAAGACCUCUACGUUCGCUUGGUUGACUCUGCAACAAAACAGCCUAUUGCCUACGAAGGUCAAGAUAAAAAUCCGGAAAUGUGUCGGGUUCUACUCACGCACGAAGUAAUGUGCAGUCGGUGUUGUGAAAAGAAGAGUUGUGGGAACCGCAAUGAGACUCCCUCUGACCCCGUGGUCCUUGACAGAUACUUUCUCAAAUUUUUCAUGAAGUGCAACCAGAAUUGUUUGAAAAACGCCGGAAAUCCGAGAGACAUGAGGCGAUUCCAGAUUCCCACGUUUCUCUCCAAGGUUGCCAUCUCUUGUUCUCCGGCAAUCGAACGAAAGUUACUUUGUAUCUCAGAUAACAUGUUUGUGCACAACAAUUCGAAGCACGGACGUCGGACAAGAAGGGUGGAUCCGGCGGAUGGAGUUUGUCCGCCAGUCACCCCAAUCAUCAAAGCUUUGAGCCCGAACGAAGGAUGGAUAACUGGUGGCGAGACAGUGACGGUUAUUGGAGAGAACUUUUUUCAUGGCUUACAAGUAAUUUUUGGUUCGACUGCCGUAUGGGGUGAGGUAAGUCCUAAUCAUGAAGCAGCAUUGAACCGUAUGUACUUCAAAACUUCGUUGUCUGUACCUCUCCGUUUUUUCCAUACUCUGUCUCCUCAGCUGCUCACUCCACACGCUAUGCGAGUUCAAACACCGCCUCGUCAUCUUCCAGGCAUAGUGGAUGUCACAAUGGCCUAUAAAAACAAGACAUUCUGCAAGAAUAAUCCAGCUAUCACCGAUCCAACAAUUGAAUACGGAUUCCAGCGUCUGUGCAAAAUAAUCCCAAGACAUCCAGGGGACCCUGAGCGGUUACCUCGUGAAAUUAUUCUUAAACGGGCAGCAGAUCUGGCAGAGGCACUCUACACAAUGCCAUCGAGAAAUAUCGCCUUUGGAUCAACUCUGUUUGCUGCAUGUCCGGAAAUCGAGCCACAAGAACUCAAAAGUGCUGAUACAAGGAUUCAACGUCUAGCUUCAUCCCCAAAACCCAACAGCUUGGCACGAGGAGCAACAUUUGGUGGCCCUUCCAUGACAAACUUUCUCGCCUUGUCUGCACAGAACGGUAUUGGUUUUCCUUACGCGUACGACAGUAUAGACCAACCCACACUGCGGCACCAACUGGUCACACAGGACACCAUGCUUAAUCAAUCGGGCUAUGGAUUCGAUCCAAAACAUUUAGAUUCGGGUGGAACAUGUAGUAGUCAGAUGAUUCGCUCGAUGUCAGAUUCUACCUCAGUUAUACAUGAUGAAGUCGUGAGCAUGAGUCAGCACAGCGCCAGUAGUGCCGGUAGCAGUGGUAUUGAAAGCGUUCAAAGUGAACGACAUGAUGACGCAGAUAGUGGUAGUCCCGACAGUAACACUUGCAACGUUGCGCAACACUCCCAGACACAAAAAGAUCAUGCAUUCCAGGGAAGUCAAGCAGAAGGACAUACAGGUCGCAGUGCGAAACGUCCACGAUGUGACUGGAUCGGUAAUGAUUCACGUAGAGGCUACCGAAAAUCAACCGGUUACACUCCGCAGCUGAUUGGUUCAAACGUAAUAAACCUCCCGGAGCACGAGGAGUUGCAUUCGGUACGACACCAGGCUGACCAAACUCCGAUUCUUAAGUCUCGUCCACGUCGAAUAUCAGAUGUCCCACUUCGUGACGCAGUUGACGCAGCUGAUCAUGAUUCCAAUGAACAGCCUAGCCCAAAACAGAGACUAAUGUUGAAAGAAAACAGGACCACCUUGGCGGACACUUGUGUGGACACUGAUCUCCUAGGGAGGAAGGAUGGAACAAAG